AUGGAAGACAUCUUUCGAAAGGUUGCCGGGGGCAUUGAAGCUGUGUUCGGAGGCGAGAAGCAUUCUCAUACUCACAUAGGCGAGGCUUGUCACGAUGUUCAUCCUCACCUUCACCGUGAGAAUCGCUACCAGUCCUUCGCCCCGCAGUCUUCUGGCCAUGCCAAGUGGUAUGUCGACGGAUGCUCCUAUUUCUGGGCCGUAUCGAUUGCUAUUGAGCAGGCUCGGCAGAGCAUUUACAUCCUUGAUUGGUGGUUGAGCCCCGAGCUCUAUCUCCGACGACCGCCAUCUCGAAAUGAGCAAUACCGACUCGACACCAUGCUCAAGGCUGCGGCCGAGAGAGGUGUCAAGGUCAAUAUCAUUGUUUACAAAGAGGUGCCUCAAGCCUUGACUUAUCAUGUACCUAGCGGGCACGACAUUCAGGCCGAUAUUGAGAGCGGGUUUCAAAACCUCAGCCUGGGAAGCUUCAACCUUUCCAAGGUGUCCGGAGAUGCUCUAAAGUCUCUCUAUGGUACAAGUGAUGAUGUUGUUCUUUUCUGGGCUCACCAUGAGAAGCUGUGUCUGAUCGACGAUACGAUCGCUUUCAUGGGUGGUCUGGAUAUGUGUUUUGGAAGAUGGGAUACAAACAGUCACCCAAUUGCGGACGCACAUCCUAGUAACCUGGACAAUAUCGUCUUCCCGGGCCAGGACUACAACAAUGCUCGUGUGUAUGACUUUGAGGACGUGGACAAGUGGGAGAACAACAAGCUGGAUAGAACUCAGAGCUCAAGAAUGGGCUGGUCGGACAUCAGCAUCAGCUUGUCUGGUCCCAUCGUAAACAGCUUGAACAUACAUUUCACCGAUAGAUGGAACUACAUCUUCAGCCAGAAGUAUCAUGCUAAAGAUGGCGAGAAAUACCAAAUGAUCCAGCCUCCGCCCUCUCAUGCAGUAGCUCCCGAAGGACACCCUACCGAGCACUCUAUUGCAAACGCCUAUAUGGAGGCAAUCCAGAACGCGCGGCACUUCGUCUACAUCGAGAAUCAGUUCUUCAUCACCGCUACCGAUGACAAGCAGCACCCUGUAGGGAACAAGAUUGGUGCUGCAAUGGUCUCGCGAAUCCUUCGGGCCUAUGAAGAAGGUGAAGACUUCCGCAUUAUCGUGCUCAUGCCCGCCGUUCCCGCCUUCGCAGGAGAUUUGGAGUCUGACGGUGCGCUUGGCACCCGAGCGAUUAUGGAGUUUCAGUACAACAGUAUCAACCGUGGAGGCCACAGCAUCAUUCAGGCUCUUUCCAAGGCCGGAGUUCCUGAUCCGGGGAAGUAUAUUGCCUUCUAUAACCUCCGCAACUUCGAUCGCAUCAACACUUCGGCUACUAUGGCCCAGGCUCAGCAGGAGAGCGGUGUCUCGUAUGAGGCUGCUCGCCGCGAGCAUGACGAUGCAGUAGAGUCAGGUUAUGAUGGCUAUUCUCGAGAAGAGACCUCCGGUCGCCUAGGAGAUCAGUAUCGUCGUUAUCAGGAGGCAGCCAGCCAUGCAGACGACCAGACCUGGGACACAAUCAGCUCAUGCUACAUGGAUAGUGGUCCGUCGCUGGAAUCUGUCUCAUGGCAAGGAAGCCCUGAGUCUGAAAUCGACGCUUUUGUAUCUGAGGAGCUGUACAUCCAUAGCAAGGUCCUCAUUGCUGAUGACCGGCUUGUGAUCUGCGGCUCAGCCAACCUGAACGACCGCUCUCAACUUGGCACGCACGACUCAGAAAUCGCCGUGGUCAUCGAGGACCCAACACCAGUAGAGUCACGCAUGAAUGGACAGCCCUACACGGCAUCACGAUUCGCCGCCUCACUGCGCCGACAGCUGUUCCGCAAGCAUCUUGGCUUGCUACCGGAUCAGCGUUGGGACCGUCCCGACCGUAACUGGACACCUGUCACUCAGGAUCCGAAUGAGUACGAUUGGGGCUCGCCUGCCGACUCGUUAGUGCGUGACCCCCUGGCAGACAACUUCGACCGUCUGUGGCGCAACACGGCUCGAGAGAACACUGAGGUAUUCAGCAAGGUGUUCCACAAUGUGCCCAAUGACAAGGUGCGCACCUGGAAGGACUACAAGGAGUUCUUUAGCAAGUAUUUUAUCAUCCCUGGUUCCGAGGACAAAGACAAGAAAGACGAGGAUAAGAAGAAGGAAGAAGCUGGAAAGGUCAUGUACGGCCAUGUAGUGCGCGAAGAAUUCCCCGGCGGCGUGGUUGAGGUCAAGGAGUGGCUAGGCCGAGUUCGCGGUACACUGGUCGAGAUGCCACUGGAUUUCCUAAUCGAGGUGGACGAUAUCGCGAAGGAGGGCCUGUCACUCAACAGCUUCACAGACGAGUUGUACACAUAG